CAGAGCACAGGCUGCGCUGAGAAGCCAGUCAAUAUCCCGAUGCUUUAUUAUUAUCAUUAAGGGAGUUGGUUCAAGGAAAUUCACGUCUGUGUGCAUCUCGUCUGUUCAGGACCUUUCGAGAGCCCUGCAGGUCUUGGCUGAGGACUACAGUGUUUAUAGGAAGGCUGGAGAUCCUAGAGAAGGUCUCUUAGUGGCUUUGCGCUGUAUUAUUUCUUUGAUGCCUGAACCAGUGUUACUACAUUUUGCUCUGUGUUCUGGAGAGAUUGCAGUUGUGAGUUUGUUUGUGCUGGAGAAAAACUGCUGAGAUGAUAAUAACUAUUCAUCACUGCUGAAAAUAUUUUUCUUCCUGUGAAAAAAGUUGAUAUUGAUUCUGCGGCUUCAUGGGAUUAUUUCCACAUCGACUUCAGUGAAGGGGUACAGACAAAUACAGACAGGAGAACCAGUCUUAUUUACAUUUCUCAUUGUUUAUUGGCAUCUGUCAAUGUUACCAUUUCAAGGCCAAGGGUACUAUUGGAUUGCUACUGUCUGUCACACAAUUUUCUGCUUUGCUACUAUUACUGUUGAAGUUAUGCUCUAAUUUGAUUGGACUCCAUUUUAUUUAAUUUUUUCAUUCACCUAAAGAAGUGGUCAGGAUUAAGCUCUCUUAUGUACUUUUACAGCCCAUCUUUCGUGUGUGUUAAACCUUUCUAGUCCUCAGCCAAGAUUUGACCACAAAAGCAUUAUAAAUUACUUAUCCUAGACUCUUCGUGGUAAUUCAGAAUACUUUCUGAAGAUUUCCAAGAAGAUUACAACCUCCUUUUCAUAGACCAAUAGAUAAAAGCUGCAAUUCAGUUGCAAAAGCCUCUACGAAAUUGAUCAUCAUGGGAUUAGACAGUUUCAUCAAAGACUUGUAAUGGCAGUGUCUGGCUGCGCCAAAGUCAUUGGCAACCUUUUUCACACACUGGCAACCUUUCCAGUCAAUACUGAAGUGAUUAGUAUGUUUAAGUUUUCUUGGCUAAUGUUUCAAGAAAUGUGUUAGCGGAUGCUCAAGGCCCAUUGUCUUUCAUAUUUAUGACAUUGGCAGGUAUAUUACGAGAACAUUACAGCAGAGAGAACAGUUUCCCAGCUAAGAGAUGUUUUAAAAAUUGUUUGAAGACGAAGAUGUUGAGUCACGUCACCAGUGUGUCAGAACUUGACACAAGGUCAAAGAUGAUAUAAGAUUAUAGAAGAUGCUGUGCCAAUGAAGAAAGAUUUCUGUUGUAUACAGGUAUACAUCCAGCUGAUAACUAGAAGUAGAUCAGUGUGCUCAAAUUGCAAGGAUAUCCUUUUUGAAGAUACGGAUGAUAGCAUAUAACAAGACAAGGCUGUAGAGCAAAGGAUUUAAAGGACAUAUGCUUGGAGUAAUAACACAGAGGGCGUCAAGUAGGCAGAUCAGUUAAAUGAGACACAUUUCUUAAGAUUUUAGAGUCGUGACGAGACAUUAGGAAACCAGCAGCAUGUUUGUCGUUGUGGUGGUGCUGACAUUUCUGGCAACUGUUCUCUAUGCCCUUCUUCAUCGUAUCAACUUCUUUGGCUUUCAACUUUGUGGAAAGACCUCUGCGGCUUUGGACAUGGCACCCGCUCUUCCUUGUGGAAAAAAUGCUGCAACUUUGGACAUGGGGCCCUCAUUUCCAUGUUCAACAUUACAGCCACCCACUCCUGUACUCCUUGAAGAACCCCCAACUGACUUCUCUUUGCCAGCAAUAGUUUUACCGCGAGAUUUCACAACCUUGGAUGUCAUCCAUGAUGGAGAGGAGGCAGAUGUGGAAUCAUCUGAGCUGUCAGAAAGUGAAGACGACCUGCUGUUUAAUCUUCCUCAGGAACUACAAGGUGUACAAAAUGUUCUGCAACGAAGCGAGCAGUAUAUGCGCAGCGAACAGUACUUCAAACGCAGCUCGCGUGCCAGUGACACAUCCAGCGCGUACUCGGGUUCGGACAUGAUGCAGUCAUCCAUAGAUGACCAGGACAUCGACCUGAGUGGACUGGUAGAGAGCAUAGUAGACUCUGAUGAUGAGGAGGGCUACGCAGAAUCUACUGAGUCUAUGCCAAUACGAGAUGCCGUCAGGGAAUGCUUGGAGAAAGACCCAUCUGAGAGAAAUGAUGAUGACAUUGAGAUAUUACUGGAAUUUAUGCAGCAUUUUCCUGCAUUUGCCAACAUGACCCUGGCCACCAGGCGGAGCCUGUGUUCUGUCAUGGUGUUUGCUGUCGUGGAGAAAGCGGGCACGAUCGUGAUGCAUGAUGCGGAGGAGCUGGACUCCUGGUCGGUCAUCAUCAAUGGUCAAGUGGAGAUCACGCUGCCAGACGACACCGUAGAACAGCUACAGAUGGGAGACAGUUUUGGUAUCACACCUACAAUGGAGAAGCUGUACCAUAAAGGAGUCAUGCGCACCACACAAGAUGACUGUCAGUUUGUUUGUAUAGCACAGUCAGAUUACUAUAGGAUACUGCAUCAGGGUGAAGAGAAUACACACAAGUUUGAAGAGAAAGGUCAGGUGGUGAUGGUCACUGAAGAUAGAGUCUUAGACGGUGGCAACAGGAAAGGGUCCAUUGUCAUAAGGGGCACACCAGAGAGGCUGAUGACCCACCUGGUAGAGGAACACUCUGUGGUGGACCCUACCUAUGUGGAGGACUUCCUGCUGACCUACAGGACCUUCAUUGAGAGCCCCCUGGAGGUGGCCAACAGGCUGCUCAUGUGGUUUGGGGACGCCGAGCUCAGGGAUAGGGUGACCAGAGUUGUGUUACUAUGGGUCAACAACCACUUCAACGACUUUGAAUCUAAUCCUGCCAUGAGUGAAUUCUUAGAGAAAUUUGAGAUUAUGUUAGAAAGAGAGCGAAUGAUAGGACAGUUACGACUUCUGAACAUUGCAUGUUCAGCUAAAGCACGGGCACGCACAAUAACCCUAACCAGGUCGACAAAAGAUGAAAUCUUACAUUUUUCUGUCCUGGGAGGGCUUGAAAGGCAUUGUGGGAUAUUUAUCUCCAAGGUUGAGAAGGGAACGAAAGCACACGAGGCUGGACUGAGGCGUGGGGACCAGAUCCUGGAGGUAAAUGGACAUAAUUUUGAGUUCAUCACGCAUAAUAGAGCUCUGGAGAUCCUACGUGGAACCACACAUCUCUCCAUAUCUGUGAAAUCAAAUGUGAUUGCCUUCAAAGAGAUGUUAUACAGCAGCUCCCCAGGGAGACCAGCCAAGAAACAACAAAUUGCCCAGUUACAACCAGACUUCACCCAGAAGCGGCAAGGUUCUGUGCCUGAGCUGGACCUGGGGGUUCCCCCUGUGAUCUCACCGGUCAAACCCAAGAAGGGAGACAAGAAAGAAAAACCCUACGGCACAGUGGGGAAAAAUGCAAAGCUACGAAAGGCUUUGAACAAAAUUAAUUUAUUGCCAAAGCAAAACAGUGAUAGCAAACUUCAGCACAACCAUUCUGACAACGAUCUGACCUGUCCUCAGCGCAGUCGCCAGUCUUCCACUUCAUCAGCGUCGUCCAACACGUCUGCGCAACAACAGCAAAUGAGCAACAGCAGUCCCGAUAUCUCAGCCACCAUACUGGGGAGUUUUGCUGUCAUGGAUGACACGCGCAACGACUUUCCAGAACACGUGCUGAAAGUUUAUCGGUCUGACCAGAGUUGUAAAUAUUUCCUUGUACAUAGAGAAACUACUGCCAGAGAGGUGGUGAUGUUAGCUCUCAGAGAAUUUGGAAUUACAGACCCUAGCAGUAACUACUCGCUGUGUGAGGUCACUGUGGAGAAUGAAGGGUUUAUCAAACAGAAGAGACUACCAGAGCAGCUCACCAAUCUUCCAGAAAGGAUCAACUUAAAUGGAAGGUACUACUUAAAGAACAAUAUGAGCACGGAGACACUAGUUCCAGACGAGCUGGCCAGUGAGCUGAUGAAGGAGGGCCAGAUUAGCUUCCUCCAGUUGAAGAGUAUAGAGAUCGCCACCCAGCUCACCCUGGAAGACUUCCAUAUAUUUGCCAACAUCGAGGCUACAGAGUAUAUAGAUGAUCUUUUUGAUCUUCCUUCUAAAUAUGGCACGCCUAACAUACUGCAGUUUCAGGAGCUGGUGAACAGGGAAAUGUUCUGGGUGACCACAGAAGUCGUCCGAGAAACUAACAUCAUCAAGAGGAUGAAAAUAAUCAAACAUUUUAUCAAAAUAGCAAGGCAUUGUAAAGAAUGUAAAAACUUUAACUCAAUGUUUGCCAUACUAAGUGGACUGGGUCAUGGGUCAGUGCAGAGACUACGGACAACAUGGGACAAACUGCCCAAUAAAUAUGUCAAAAUAUACGAGGACCUCCAAACAAUAAUGGAUCCCUCAAGAAACAUGGCCAAGUACAGGAAUCUCAUCAACUCUGAGCUGGUGCAGCCUCCUUUGAUCCCCUUAUUCCCCAUUGUGAAGAAGGACCUGACCUUCAUUCACCUGGGCAAUGACUCCAAGGUGGACGGCCUGGUGAACUUUGAGAAACUAAGAAUGAUCGCAAAAGAAGUGAGGCACUUGUGUCUUAUGGCAUCUGCACCAUAUGACCCCAAUGCCAUGUUUUUACCAGGAAGCAGUUCCGCCAGCAUCUUCGCCAACAAUGCUUCGGGAACAAAUACCAUCAAGAAGAAAACCAGGCGAAACUCAACCCUUCCAAACCCUAAGAAGAUGUAUGAAGAGUACCAAAUGGUACGCAGAGUGAAAAACUACCUCCACAGCAUGAAGAUUGUUGCAGAUGAAGAUGAAUUAGAUGGGCUAUCACUACAAUGUGAGCCACAACUGCCUCGUAAGAGGGACCAGUCCCCGCCUCCCCCCGCCCCCGUCAACAACGCCCAGUUACUUAACGCUAACCUGGGACCCAAGUUUGGUGCUAAAUCCCCAGACGCUGUCCGCAAACUGCUUUCUCUCUCAGAAGACAAAGUGCGCCCACAUAACCCGAAACAUCCAACGUUAAAAUUAAAUAGUCCCGGUAACCAGAGGCGUUUGCCCCUCUCCCCACAACCUGGCAGACUUAAACACACACAUCUGUCUCCAGAGAGCUCUUCAGUGGUCAGCCUUAGUAGUAUAGCAAUGAGAAAAUCACAUACCUCAGGUUCUAUUGGAUCAGCAGAUUCUUCCAGCCCUCCAACCAAUCACCAUCAUUUAUAUGAGACAGACUCUGGACACAACAGCAUAGCGUCUUCCAACUUUGACAGCCACAGUACCAGUUCUGUAGGCUCUGCACAUUCCCCGCCUUCACAGAGGCAUCUGUCCAAUCAGCACAUGGCACCUCACCUACAGUCCUCGCGGCCUCCUCUUCCACCCUAUCAUGUUGUGGUGCAGAAUUCACAAGAAAUUGCUGAGUUGGCAUAUUUGGCAGAAGAAGCAGAGUAUAUAAGCAUAGAAGGUUAUCACUACCUUCAGCAGCAACAGCAGUAUCUUCAGUACCACCUCCGCCCACACCACCGUCCUCCCCUGCCAGACUACCAUGCAGCCACCCAGAUGGCACAGCUGGCCAGACAGAAGCAGAUGAUCAGCAGGUCCCAUUCCUUUGAAGGGGUGCCAGGUUGUUAUGUGGAAGAUGAUGAGGAUGAAGGGGAACUUGUUGAUGAUGAAGAAGAGCAAGUUUCUGCUGUAUGAUAGGAGGCUAUUGGUGUUCUCUCCGCGACUUCUCCAAACUAUGGCAGACCACGCGUGCUGAAACAACUGCAUUUAGACGAGCUGCUGACAUAACAGACUGCUGAAGACUUGCAGAAUCACUGUCACCACCAGCAGGUGCCAAACUCUUACCCCCAGAUGUUAUCUCUGGUUCAUAGACAUUGCUUUGAUCUGUAACAAACACUUGAACAAAUCUACGGAGGGAUGUUCCUGUAGAUCUUUACUGCCUUGACAAACCAACUGGAAGUUGCCUAUACUGGUUUGACUGGUUGUGAGAGACAUUGUUCUGGUCACACCUAACACAUUCAUUAUUCUAGUGGUAUUGAUGAUUGACAUUCAGUCAGUGUGUCCAGGGUCUCAGUGGAAUAUGACUAAAGCUCACAGUGGAAAUGUCCAUGUGCCAAUGACUGGUGUAGAAUGCCAGCAGAGUCAGUUAUUACAUGCUGACAACUUAUCACUGGCAGUAUGAGUUGAUGUGAUGACUUGGUUAAUACUGUCAUACUUUUAAUUGUGUGAUGGAUGGUUUAUUUUUUAUUUGUCACCCUAGGUGCCAAAAGAAAUGAAGUGCUUAAAGGGAAUCAUUUCUGUAUUCUCCACUAGGCGGGGCUCACUUUUGCCCAAGAAGAGCCUGUCAAAAGAUUUCUACUUAUUAAGGCAAACACUUACAUAGGCCUUACACUUAAUGCAUUGUGAUAACAAUGUUUAAAAAUUGUGGUUAAGAACAAUAUUCAGUGGCAAGGAAUUACCAUUACAUUUAAGAGGUGGACAUUAAUUUUAAAAAUAUGUGUGCCGACUUGGUAACUUCAGACUCUGAAAUUAUGUAACCGGUGAUUAGAUUGAUUUGAUCACACUGGUGGUAAAAACUUUUUAAAUUUUACAGUCAGAUGAGACUGUGGCUGACUGACAAUAGUGAUGUGAAAGUGGCAGCCCUCUAGUAUUACGUACAUGCUUAGGUCGGUGAGAUUUCAGUCAAGAGAGGGUAAGGUACCGACGGCUUGUACUUUGUUUUAGUCUACUUAAGUAGAGACCUGUGGUUUGAAAAGUGACUAUUUGAAACAGAGGUGUAAAUGACUUGAACUACAUAAAUCAUGGAGAUAAAGAGUUGUGAUGAGGGAUUUUUGUGAAUCAUCGAAAAAGUGUAAAUUGUAUUACUUAUAAAUCUUUAGUAAAGAAAUGGUGUGACUGAGGAAAAGAUCUCAUUUGUAUAAAAAAUUUCACGUUUUUUUACUCACAGAGUUCUUCACGAAAGGUGCUGUGUCUAGUAGACCAUUUAGUGUCACUGUGCUUUUAUUUGACAAGUGUGAUAUGUGGCAGAAAGCACUGUACUGUAAUCUUUUAUAUAGAUGACUUCUCUUACCUUGGUCCCUGCUGUGUUAGGUAGGGACUUUUAAAGGCAGACUUCAUUUAUUCCCUUAUUUAAGUAGAUUUUUAAUGGCAUCUGCCACCCAGCACAGGACUAUGAAUGGAUUGUGUAAAUAUUGAACAUCUAGAUCAUGUCUAAAUAAAUCAGAUGUGAUUUGUUUUGAAA